UAAGACUUACUACACGACUGCCACGUGUAAUAACAGACUGAUGAGGUGUGAAAAGAUGAUGAAGAGGCUGGUGGUGAUAUUUACGUCGCUGGUGCUCGUAAUUCUGUUGACGCUAUUCUAUCAGCUGCGCUUUGUGUCAAUCACUGGCUUCAUCCCGUCAUUGAAACUAUGGCUACAUCAACGAUCAUCACAACACACUUACGGUGAACACCCAACCUUUGAUGAAAGAUGUUACAAGUACCACAAAAACCUUACUGCUGAGAACAAAUGUUGUAAGAUGGUCAACUUCUCAGGUUCUGUGGGUCUGAUACACAAGUGCAUAAGAAGCGCCAACGAUCAGUUGUUGAGGGAUGAGAGAUUUCAUGCAAGUGAAGGCGCUGACGAAGGUGGCGGUGUCGUUGAUGUUACUGAAGGUGGUGUUGCUAGUGGUGGCACAGAGCCUGCCAGGGGCCAGCACUGGGUAAUCUUCGGUGACUCCCACAUGCGCUACAUCUUGGUGUCCUUCCUCACACGCCUCAGGAGUCCGUCUCUGGAGUACCGAAUACCUGUUGAUGAUAAAGGCUGGAAAAGUGUAGCUCCAGCAGAAAAGACUCUUCACAAUGACAAACCAUUUAAAAACAUUGAAGUGCGAGACCUGAGCGUUAAUCUGAAUAUUACCUUCUACUGGGACGUGCACUUGAUGAAGCAUUUGCCGCAAGAGAUGAUCAAGUGGGAGCAGCAGCCACACCACACACCCUCGCUAGUACUCCUCGGGACUGCGUUGUGGUGGAUGAAGGACAACGAGGCCAUAUACGUGAAUUUUGGAGCGAAGGCAGCCGCCGACUUGUAUGAGGAUUACCUCAGGAUCCUUCGAGACCGACUCUCCCGCCUUGCUAAGACCACCACCGUUAUCUUCAAGCUCGUCGACGACGUACCGAGAACCAGGAAUCCGAAAUCGAAGACAGCUUUCGGCGUCAGGAACAAUUUUGUCCUUUACAAUCAGCUGGCGGUGCAGGAGCUGGGAAACACAGGAGUGAUCAUCUGGAAUAGUACAGUGCCACUCUCCUUGGCUUACACCAAAGAGUGUACGAAGAACUUCAGGAACACCCCACCCUGGUACCAAUGGAAGUGUGAAGAUCAAGGCCAUGUGGGGUACAUCCUUGUUUAUCAGUAUGUUGACAUGGUCCUUAAUGAUUUUUGUGGGAAAUACUUAAAUCUGGGGCACGAGUUUUGUACUUAAAGCAUAACAACAUCUACUUUUGGGGGGGGGGGUAAGCACUUGGUAGUACUGUAUGUAUUUUUGUGCCAUAAUAUUCUACAGAUGGUCUAACUUCCUCACCAUUUAAACAUUUAUUAUUUGUAUUGUGAAGUGUGAAUAGUUAUAUAACACUGAAUACGCGAUUGAUUAUGCAACUUUCGAAACAGUGCAAUUCUCAAAAGUCGAGAGCUUGAAUAUUUGUUUUGUUCACACAAUGUUCUGUAUAUACGUGUGCAUAUUUUGUACACUUGCGUCUGCGUGAGAAACGUGAGCAUUGCAUAAAUUUGGGUCACCACAACCCCUGCUAACCCCCCCUCCCCCCCUCCAGCCUUUCCAAAACUCGGGGAGGCAGCAGUGCCCUUACAGAUUCCGGACGUAGUAUACAGUAUUUUAUGUUCUGCCCUGAACUCUUGUCUGCCACCUUUCCCUGUUUAUACAACUGUUUACCGUAUUUCUGGAACAACCUCCCGUUUCAAGACUGUUUUUACUAUUAUUGUUGUUAUUAGCUUGUAUUGUGACUGUAAAUUAUGGAACUGUAUAUUUUCAGCCUUCUGGCUACUAUGCUCUUUCAAUAAACCGUUAAUUACUAUUAUUAUUAUGAUUAUUAUUAUAAAUGAUGAGUGAGUGAAUUAUUAUUCAUAUUUAGAUGACUAUCGUGUACAAUUGGAGAAAUAAAUUAUCUAAGAUU